CUUCAAUCAAGAAAGGAACUGGUGGGCGAAUGCAGCUUGCUUAAGCGGCGGGAAUCAUAGUGGAGCCACAAAUCGCACCGCCACAGAAGCGGCGUUAACGUCACGGCUGACUGGCCCGAAUGACCAACUUUUGCAACGACAGCUUCGACUUCUUUACUCCCUCUUAGCUUCUUUCAACUCUCUCCACUACACUUUCUGAAUCUGCUUUUUCUCGCUACUGUUGAAAUGGCUAUCUCGGGGAAGUAUGUCUUGCUGCUUGCGAUAGCUUUGCUUGUUCUCUUGCCAGGCAAAGCUGAAGCUUUUGGCGCCGGUAAUAUUGCGUCUAUCUCCAAGAUUGAAGGUCGAAACUGGCGCCAUGGAGACAUCGAAGAUAUGCUAGCGACUGUUGCGUGUCUGCGCGGUCACAAGUGGAACUCUAUGAUGAUUAAGCGCGUCUAUUUUGGAAAUUGGCUCCGAGACUACAGUCAGGCGGUUGACGUUGGUACACUCAAAAGCGUUCAAGCUGAAACUAUCCGAGUCCUAGUCUGGAUCCUCUCCUUCAUGUCUUUCGGCUAUGCCACGGGGGAAUUCGAAGUCACAGCCGACCGUCUGGGAGUCUACCGACCAGAAGAGCACAUUGACAACCCCAAGGACUACGCCGACAACCUCGACGCCCGGAAAUUCGACGCUCGCCUUCGUGGCCCUGUCACGAACGAUGAGUUGGCCGUGGACCCUCAAACCGGCAUGAAAAACUACAUCGCAAAUGAACGUGGCGGCUGGGCAACUUCGAGUGGCUACGUCAAGUUUUCCUUUGCCCGCGCCAUUCAUUUUGGCAGAAUGUACACUCACGGUCCGUCUGGCCAGCGUGGGCGUGAUCAAGAUCUUGCUGAGGCAUUGCGGUGUCUGGGACAGGGUCUCCAUUGUCUUGAAGAUUUCGGAGCUCACACUAACUAUACGGAGCUUGCCCUCCGAGAGCUCGGAUUCAAUAAUGUAUUCCCGCACACUGGAAUUCAGACACAGAUCAACCUGCAUGGAAAGCACGUGUUUCCAUUGGUCACAGGGACGUUUGGUGGCGUAGAUUUCUUCCAUUCGGUGCUAGGAGAGGCCACGGAUCAUUUCACGCAAUCCGAAGUUGAUGAGGUGAAUACUGCGCUCUCUGAUGCCGCAGGGCUGACCACCAAUACCAAAGGGGGUGGAGGUGGAGACCCCUGUGGUUCGCUUUGCGAUGCCUUAAGCAAAGUACCUGGAACUGGUAAUCUUAUCCAAGAAGCGCUCUCUCUGAAAGCAUCUUCCGAUGCCCAGGCUAAUGCGAAUGCUCAACGCGGCAUUGGUGGAGGCUACGACGCCUACAGCAGCUCACGAGCCGGACCACCUCAACAUGGGCAACAUGGAGGAUACCAACAACCCAUGACCUUCGACGCCCCUCCGGGCUCCGUCGGUGGCCCACCAGGCCCCGACAUCCCAGGUACAAACCUCGAUCCCUCGACCGUGAUCCCUAGGAUCUACCCGAUCCUCGAAUUCCGCGACAAAGUCGUGCGGUCCAUCUCCGCUAUCGUGUCCAAAAUUCCCGGACUCGAAAAACUCAUCGAAACCAUCACUGAGCGUGUAACGCUCUUCGUGCUGUCCCUGCUCGCGCCUUUCGUCCAGCCCAUCAUUACAGCUGCGUCACAGCAACUCAAGCUUUCGUCUUCGGCGUUAGUAGAGAGCAGUGGCAAGCAUCAAUUCGAACCCUGGACGGACGUGUAUUCGACGAACCCCACUCAUUCGAUGCUCAGUAAAGACCACUUUUCCAACAUCCUCAACGAACCCGCUGGUCAAGUUGCGACGGCUAUCCUGCAGUUCGUGGCACCGCGCGUUGUGUACGCGUGGGACCAUCCUGAUGUUCCAGUUGACCAAGUCUUGAAUGAUUGCGUCCAGGUGUUCCACCAUCCUGCGAUCCGGGAUCAAAGGUCCGAAAUUCACCGGAACAUGUUCGAUGUUGUUAAGAGAUGGGUUGAUAAGCGACCGGAUCAUGGACAUAGUCUGAACAAUAUCCUGAGCUCGGAAUCGGUCCGCGCGGGUAAGAAUCACAGCGGGCAAAACGACCACACGCACGGCCACGGCGGACAUGGAAACGCGGGUUUUGGUUCCUAUGGCGGAGGUCAGAGCCACGGCCAUGGAGGACACUCGGGAGGCGGCGGCGGGCAUGCUCACUCUGGAUCUGGAGGCGGCGGCGGCGGCAAUCUUCUCGGUUCCCUAACAUCAAACCUCCCCGGCGGACUCGGCCAAAAAUUAAGUCCAGGCUUCAACCUCCUCUCCACCGGCCGUCCGCGAGAAGUCGGCGACGACUUCGGUCGGCCCUCUUCAUCCGGUGACCCCUACGCACAAGAUCCAAACCAAGGAUACUCCCCCCAACCCUCUCCCGGCCUCCCCGCUUCAAACUGGGGCUCGUUCCAGCCAUACCAAUCCUCGUACGCCGAAGGUCAAUCGACUGAAGGAUACACGUACGAUGCACCUGCUCCCAGCGGCGACGCUUGGGGCCAUGGACAAUAUUCAGGCGGACAGGGCGCAGAGCCCGCGUAUACGGUGCCGACGGCUUACCAGCAGGGGUACGAGGAUUACUCUGGCGGAGCUGGCGCACCGCCAGCGGCUGGGGGUUAUGAUGCUGGAGUGGGGGGGUAUGGAGGGUAUGGACAGGGACAGGGACAAGGACAAGGACAACAGCAGGAAGGGGCAGGAAGGGCGUGGGGAUCUGGCGGUGGGAGCUCAGGUUGGUAAUUUUUGGAGCGUGAUUGGUAUACUUCAUUCAAGACGUGUAUUUGAACUGCUGGGUGGGCUAGUUGCCGGGAUUUGGCGGAGUUGGGAGAGGACGCAGGCUUCUGCCUAGUUCUAUGUUAGUCGAAUCUAUCCAUGUUUUGGAUGUUCUAGUGCAAGGAAGUCCGAGGGAUGGGGUAAAUUAGGUAGGUAGAUAUUUCUCUAAUCUUCUCCAACUGUCGGGGUGUUUCCUUUCUCUAAGAUAGGCGGGUUUCCGUGCCGAGGGGGGCGCAGAUGGAUGGAUAGGUGGGAGUAGGAUAUAAA